AUGGUUGCUAUGCCUGCAGCGAAGCUGUCGUUGUUGACAUUCUACUCCUGCCUGCCUGCGCUUCUAUACGCGCAAACUGCUUCUGUUCCUGGUUGUGGAUUAUCACGUACUCCUCAGCCAUGCCCGAUCUUGACCAGUAAGGGAUACAUGCAUCAAAACCCCGAUGGCUCGCCGAACGACCAAGUUUUUGAACCGCCGUUGAGUCAGCAAGACGUUGCAUGUACAAGUAAGGCAGCAACAUGCGUGAACAAUGUCUGUAACUAUGCGAACGGCAUGACCGGAUUGGGACCAUCUAACGUUUGGUAUGAAUUGAAGCCCGGAAGUCCUGCUGUGUGCGGACACGGCAACCGAGAGUUCUCAUUCUUUGCCAAGAAGGGAACCAACGCAAACAAGGUCUUGUUGGUUCUGUUGGCCGGUGGAAUGUGUUGGGACUCAGCUACGUGCCUUGGGAGCACACCCUCUGACCGCAAGAUGGCUGUAGACUCGCUGUCUGACAGCUACCAAGUCGUCGUUGGGGGCGUUCCCCAGACCAUCGACGAACUUGCCCCCGCUGUUCCCAAGGCCUUGAAGAAUGUUUGGUCGCCAUCUGGAAAGUCGACGUUUGAGACAGGAAUACUGCAGUCAGAUUCGCAGUUCGCGGAUUGGUCAGUUGUAGUCGUGCCGGAUUGUACGGGAGACAUGCACAUUGGUAACAGGAGCAUCACGUACGAUGCUGGGGCGCCCUCUUGUAUUACCGCUCAUCAUGUCGGAGCAGUCAACACUGGUCUGGCAGUCCAAUGGAUGAUGAAGUACUUUCCUUCCUUGACUGACGUGCUCGUGGUUGGAACUGGGCUGAAAAACUCCAAGGCAACGGGUGGAUCUGGAGCUUCGUUCUGGGCAUGGUAUGUGCAAGAGAGGUAUCCUAGUGCGAAAAUUCGAUCCGUCACAGAUUCAGAUUUGGCAAUUUACGGGCCCGACAAGAAGCAUAUUUUUCAGAACGAUCCAUGGGGUACCUUGAAUGCGUCGGUGCCAGAUAAGAGUUUCCUUGGCAGCUACACCGCUCCCACCUUGCCCGGCAAGAAACCAAACUUCCUCACCCAAGGUUUCCUCCUUCCUGCAAAGAACGAGUGGUUCUUUGCAGACGAUGAUAAGACCUACUACAUGAGGUACAUCACGCACUACUAUCCGUCCAUAAUCUUCGCCGACAUUUCGUUUCUCAAUGAUCAAACCCAGGAGAUGAUUUUCGUGCAAACUGGUGGAAAAUUACACGACUGUUGCUAUGACGGUUGCAGUUGUAACGCACAGCAGGAGAUUAGAGGUGGCAGGUAUGAUUGGUUGAAAUCUCAAAAGGUCACGAUCUUGAGAAGAAACAAUUUGCUUCCAAAUAAUUACAGAAUUUGGCUUUCUGACCAGAACCCUCAUCAUUUCUUGUUCUUCUGGAGUGAUUUUGUUACCCAUCAACUCAUUGUCAAUGAUAUGAUGACGAAUUUUUAUCAAAAUUCAACAGCGAACACAUGGCUUUUCAAUCUUGUGAACUCCAUGGUGAGUUUCACUACACAGGCUGGUGACAGCACCAGCAUCAUCAUCUCAAACAAUCUCAAGCCGUCGAACACCUCCAUCUGCUUGACAUGUUUGUCUGGAGUUCUUGGCUCUAAACAAGGAGAGGAAAAAUGUCUAAUGUCGUGGGGAUCUGGAGAGAGCUCCAUAUCUGUCGCACCGAAGUUCAAGACCGACUGGCUUGCUUUGUGGUCCCUCAACGGAGGAGACAGCCCAGAUCUGAUCAUGAGCCAAUCGACAUAUCGUUUCGGGCACGAGUAUGUCAUCUUGCCAGGAGAAACUCUCGCUCAGAUUGCUUCUCGGUUUGGAACGACAGAUGCUGAGCUAGCAGACCUCAACUACAACUUGAUCACCCACAUCAGCAAUCCUUUCCACGUCAUGGCUGGAGAUGUCGUCUGCAUAGUUCCUCAUUUUACAGCUGCUCUUGAUAGGAUGGGAAAUCCUCUUUGCCCGAGCAACUUGCAAACCCUCGGAGCUCAACUCCCUUCCUCGGUGGCUCAGCCUGUGUAG